AUGGCAACAGCACAGUUGCUUCGCCUUCCCGAGGUGCAAUAUUGCAUCGAAUCCGAUUUUUUACUCCUGCCUUGCGAUCUCGUCUGUGAAAUCGAGGGCACAUACCUGUUACAGAUGUGGAUGGCAUCUCAAGGUCAGAUCGUAAUGGCCGAGGAAGAAAGAGACUGUCGAGGCGGUCUUUGUGUGUAUUAUCAUGCGAAAGAUACCAUAAAGGAUGAGGGGUUGGAUCUGAUAGCCGUUGAACCGCUUCAACAAACCAAGAUAUCUACAAGAUCAAGUCACAGGCCAUCGAAGCUGCUCAUGUCUAUCGGGAUGGAUACUGUGAAAAGAAACCUGGAACGUGAUAAGGGAUUCCUUCUUCGUCAUUCAUUCGCGAAACGACAAGCCACACAAGCCAAGAUGUUGACUGGCUACCGCGAUGCACACCUCUACAUUUUCCCCUACUGGGUCAAGGAUCUCGCACGGCGUCAAGAAAGGCUAGUGUCCAUUAGCGAAGACCUCAUUGGGCUCUGGGCCAAGUCUGCAUGGCAGCGGGGACUAUAUAAAAAGCUAGGAAUGGAUACUUGUUUGAGCCAGAAGAAAGAAAAGCAUGGAGAGCACGACUACCGGGAAUUGAGCACUAUCACCCACCAACCACCACGAAACGAUAUCUCGGAAGUACCACCCCUUCAAGCAUAUCUGCAUACAGGAUCUACACCACUUGUCAGUCGUGUUGACAAUCCCGCUCUUCUCUUAUCUACCUCCCUUCGUUUAGCCAAACUAGAAUCCAUUGAAGAGAUCGACCAUGCAGUUACUCAACCCCCAUUCGCCCACGACCGAAAGAUCGCUUCUCCUGAAUAUGUGUCUUCGGACUGUUUUAUUUCGAAGACCGACUGUCUUCUUGGAUCUAAUGUGAUUGUUGAGAGACGUUCUGUUAUAAAGGAAUCUUGUAUUGGCCCAAACUCCAAGAUCUGCAGUGGUGCUCGAAUCACGAGAUGCGUCAUUCUUGAUAACGUUGUUAUUGGAGAACGCUGUGUAUUAACUGGAUGUGUAGUUGGAAGUGGUAGUUAUGUUGGUAAUGACUCAGUGCUUAGGGAUUGUGAAGUUCAGGAGGGUAAUGUUGUCACUGAACAAACUGAGGCUAAGAACGAGAAGUUUAUGCCACUUUUUGAAGAUCUCGAGGAGGAUACAGAUAACUCUGACAGGUUUGCGAAUAGUUACUAG